AUGUCCGUGCACGCAGUGGAUUCUCUUGUUAAGAAGUUGAAAAAGAAAAAAGUUGGCCAGGGCACCAUUGAGGAUCUUGAGUUUGCGCUUGCUAAUCCGGGAUCGCACAGUAAAUGUGUUACAAUACCGCGAUCGCUGGACGGCAGACUCCAGGUUUCGCAUCGAAAAGGCCUUCCUCAUGUGAUAUAUUGUCGGGUAUGGCGCUGGCCUGAUCUACAGUCACAUCAUGAACUUAAACCGCUGCCUGAUUGUUUAUAUCCGUAUGACAGCAAGAAUCAACUGAUUUGUAUUAACCCAUAUCAUUACCAAAGAAUCGAGCCCCAGAUUAUUCCGGUUGCAAUGUCACAUUCUGCUCGAUUUCCGCCGAUUCUUCAUAGUCGUAACGAUACGCCACCUUCAGUGAGCAACAUCAUGCCAUCACAUGUAUGUUCCUUAUUUCUGCUAAAUGCAGGACUAAUGUUUCGCAGUGUGUAA